CCUGGCGUGCCGUAUCAACACAAUAUUUACUUCAGCCAGAGACUCGCUCGAACACGUGUGGAAACUAGGCUCUUCGCUGUUACAUACGCGAAGAUGACGAAGGACGAUUACGAUGUUAAAUCUCGAAGUAAACAAAAUGGAGAGGAAACAAGCUUGACGAAGAAAGACAAUGAAAAAGUAGAAUUAAAACGUCGAAUCACGCUGUUCAAUGGCGUCGCAAUCAUCGUAGGAUCGAUUGUAGGAAGCGGUAUAUUUCUGACUCCGAAAGGUGUGCUCGAAGGGGCUGGAUCGGUUGGCUUGUCUCUUGUGGUAUGGACAGGAUGUGGUAUUAUCUCCCUGGUUGGAGCUCUUUGCUAUGCAGAACUUGGCACCACCAUCACACGAUCUGGCGGGGACUAUGCGUACAUGUUGGAAGCGUUUGGGCCUUGUAUGGCUUUCUUGCAACUAUGGGCAAAUCUGAUCAUCAUUCGACCUACAGCCCAGGCCCUCGUGGCAUUGACUUUCGCCUACUAUGUACUACAACCAAGCUUUACAACAUGUGAGCCCCCUCUUAUGGCUCUCAAGCUCCUGGCUGCCUUAUGUAUAAGUAUUUUGACCUUUGUGAAUGUGUACAGUGUGAAGGCGGCCACGCGUAUACAGGAUAUCUUCACCGUUGCUAAGAUAUUGUCCCUCAUUAUCAUCAUCAUCACAGGUUUUGUCCUUAUUGGACAAGGUGAGACAGAAUACUUUAAGGAUCCCUGGACACGGAGUGCUGGGAAGGGUGGCGACGUCGCUGGCAUAUCUCUAGCUUUAUACAAUGGACUGUUUGCCUAUGCUGGAUGGAAUUUCCUUAACUUUGUGACAGAAGAAAUGAUUGAUCCUUUCAAAAACCUGCCAAGAGCUAUCUACAUCUCUAUACCUAUAGUAACAGGCGUAUAUAUCCUGACCAACGUGGCCUACCUCACCAUCAUUUCACCUUACGAGAUGUUGAACUCCAAUGCUGUCGCUGUGACGUUUGGAUACAAAGUGUUUAGCGUCAUGGCCUGGAUUGUACCAGUAUUUGUAUCACUCUCCACAUUUGGAGGUGUGAAUGGUCUACUCUUCACAUCAGGAAGACUGUUCUUUGUGGGGGCACAGGAAGGACACUUACCAGACCUUCUGUCUAUGAUCCAUCAUCGCAGAUACACACCCAUGCCCGCCAUGUUGUUCACUGGCGGCCUGUCGUUGGUCAUGCUGAUAGCCGAUGAUGUUUCCUCCCUCAUCAACUACAUGAGUUUUGUUCAAUGGCUGUCCGUUGGAAUGUCAAUAGUUAAUCUUAUCUAUCUACGGUUUACACAACCUGACAGACAUCGACCAAUCAAGUUCCCGCUGUUCAUUCCGUUCCUGUUCCUCCUGUUUGUACUGUUUCUGUUAGUGGUACCGCUGUAUGCUGCUCCGUAUGACACAGGCAUGGCUGUGCUCAUUGUCCUGUCUGGAAUUCCCGUCUACUUCCUUGGUGUUGUCUGGAAGGGCAAGCCAAAGAUCGUCAUAGAAUUAAUUGAUAAAUUUACAGUAAUGGGACAAAAAAUGUGCGAAGUAACAAAGCAAGAAAAUUAGUUUCUCAGAAAUAUACCUGUUUCAGUAGUCAUCUUAUUUUCAUGAUUGAAUUCCGUCAAAACCUGUUCCAAGUCUGUGGUGAGACGUUACAUCUGGACUACGAUCCAGGACCUACCACCGGCCAAUGGUCUAGAGUGUCCAGUACUUAAACCAGUGAACAGACUGGGCCUGUGAUAUUAAUGUCCAUUGUUGAUUCUUAUGUGAAUGUAUGAUGGAAAUUAUGCUGCCAAAUGAAAUAUGUACAAGGGUCAAACCUUACUAUUUUAACCACUGCAAAAGCAUGAUAAGUGAUUGAAAGUUUCACACGUUAAAUCAGGAACUCCCUUUCAAAACUUCGUUAUUUUCAUCAAAUGUUACAUGAAUGAACAUAAUUUUUUAAUGAACAAAUAAAUAUAAACAAUCAAUGAUAAAUAUGGUUCCAUUGCAAUAUCUUUUGGACACACCUGGGUGAUUUUUCCAGAGAUGCAAGAAAAAAAUCUACUGGUAGAAAUUUGUGAGCAUAUAUGUUGGUUUUAAACCUGAUACGGAGGAUAUUUAAUAAUUUCUUGUUUAGUACCAUACAGGGUUCUACAAUAAGGGUAGCCCGAUAGUCUGAGACUAGUGGAAUCCGUAGUGGGACUUGGUGUUCUAAAAAUCGCUAGCCCGAUUGUCUAGUCAAAAGUUAAUACAAUGUAUUAAAGUGGAAUUUGCAUAUUGACUAGAAAAGCUGAGAACUACUAGCCUGACUGACAAGUGGUUUUAAAAUUAAUUUCUUCAUGAAAUUUGUAGAAUAUUCAUUGAUACAGGAGAAAUAAUGAAAAAAAAAUCUUUAUGCGCUGUCUUAGCAUUUUGAAUUUACUCACCAUAGAAUGGAAUUCAAUGGAAUAUAGUAUAUAUACUAGACCUAAGACAAGAAAUUUUACUGACAUACAUAUAUUUAACAUGAAAUUAAGAAAUAUGGGUUACAAUACAGGCAGAAAAAUAAUUUUAAAUACAACAUAGUCUAUAACUAAAGAAUUUCCAUAGACCUUCAUUGUUUUUCAUUGUGAUUGUCUAUGGGUCUACCUUAACGUUCUAACACUGUGUCAGUGAUCAGAACAUGGUAUGUGAAAUGAAUGGUUUAUAGAACCAUUAAGUUUUCCACCAUUUAUAACUCAACAUACAGUAAUACCUGUAUGAUGUUAUUGUUAAUCUGAUAAGGUUUUUGUAAUAAACAUCCGAUGUGUUCAAUCUCAGACGCCAUCAUAACAAUCAUUGACCAAUGAAUCAUUUGUCAAUGACUGUCCAUUGAGGCAUGAAUAUCAAUUGUAUAUAUUUCUAUUUUUGUUGAAUACCAAUGAACACAGUAUACCGCUCUGUCUUAAGGAAGCACCUGUCUUGAGAGACCAUACCUUCUGCCAAUAAUGUCUGUCAUGACCGGCCGCCAUGCCAUUGACAACACUAGAGCUUUCAUGCUUUAGCUUGGAGGUGAUGGUCAGCUAUUACAGUCAUCUAAAAACAUGCUGGUGAAAGAUUAUUACCGGUACAUAAUAUUAUAAAAAUGUUUAUUUUUUUUGUGAAAUAUGUUUUUGCUUUGUUUUCAAAACAUUCAUUUAUAGUCAAAUCUUGUUCAUUUAGACUCUUGGUAAAAUGUAAUCAUUACAAGAUGUAUGCGCCGAAUGUGACGAAUUGUGUGUGCUGUGUUAUAAUAGGAAGGAGUUUGUUAUGUUAUUUAUACCAAAAUGUUGUUCCUGAUCUGAAUUGUUGACACCGACUUUCACUGUGCCAGUUGAAAUGUUGUGUGAAUGUUGAUUCUGCUCAUAAAAUACCCUUUUUAUUUAUUCUGAGAGUAUUUGUUUGACCAUGAUUUAUAUGUUUUAGAGGGAAAACAUUUUAUUCAUUAUCUUAACUAAAAAUUCCUUAUCAGUGAUGGCUAUUGCUGAUAAUAUUCAUUAGUAGAACUCCUGUAUAAUGUCAUACAGACAUGAUUUAAUUUAAUUUUUUAUAUGAUAUCCUUACAAAAUAUUAUUGUAGUUAAUUGAAGUAAUUUUACUUUCACAGCAAUGGGAUGAUGGCUAUUUUGUGAAUAUGUAGAAUUCAUUAUAACAAAACCCAACAUCUAGUCUUUCUAAAUGAUAUCAUUUAAUAUAAUUAAAAAGGGAUUCCUUGAGGUCAAGGUCAUUUACUUACAUCAUUAGACAAUUUUUCUCAGGUACAAGAACUCGAAAGGAGCAUUCUGUAAAUACAACAUAACUGUAAUUUAUUCUAUUAUGAUAAAGUACAAAUUUAAUAUAUACAGGUUUUAAUUUCAUCAGGUAACUUGAUAAUUAAAUUUAUAAAAUAUAUACAACUACAACCUUUGUCAAAGGCAUUCCUGUUUGUACCUAUACAGCAAUAUGUUCCUCGACGUUUAGUUUACUUGUAAUAUUAUAUUCAUAUAUAUGUAUAACAUGAAAUACACCCAAUGUAUCUGUUUUACAUAAAUUGCACUCUUUGUAUGUAUGACAUAAAAUAUAUACAUGUACAAUGUGUGUGUGAAUGACAUGAAACACAACAUAUAGGUAUGACAUAAAUUACAAUGUAUAUGCAUGACAUGAAAAAUAUACAUGUACAAUAUACAAUGUAAUACAAUGGAUAUGUGUGGGGUGAAAUACAAUGGAUAUGUGUGGGGUCAAAUACAAUGUAUAUGUGUGAUGUGAAGUACAAUGGAUAUGUGUGGGGUGAAAUA